CGGGCGGGGCGGGCACCGGGAGCGGAGGUAGAGAUGCGACCAAGGGACUAGGGGCAAAAGGACCGAGUCUAAGGAGAGCAAGGUGGGGCUCAGCGCAGAGGAGGUGGUCCCGGGGCCCUGCGGCCUCUUUUAUUGGCUCUGCUGCCCAUCGCUCCGCCCCGUCCUCGCUCGCUAUAAGAGGCCCCUUGGAGCUCGUUCUUCAGAGGGUCUGUCGGGGCGCAGUCGCUUUCCGUGGUCCUCGCUUAGGUUCCCAGCGGAGUCCCCGCGGCAGCUUUCUCCGGAGGGAGCCCAGCCGGGGGGCGGCGGGAUGCCGGGGUGCCGCAUCAGCGCCUGCGGCGCAGCGCCCCGCCCGGGGGAGCCACCGCCCCCUCCCCCUCCCCUCUCCCUUCCUCCGCCCUCCUCUCCUGCUUCUUCGGACCCCGCGGAUGAGCCGGGCUCCCCGCCUCCAUCACCACCCCCUCAGCCCCCUCCUGCAGCCCCUGGGACCACCACCGCGACCGCGACGGCGGCAGCGGAGAAGGGUGCGGGGCGCGGCUUGGAGCUGCAGCGCUGGCGGCCCGGUGGGCACGGCGCGGCGGGCGCGGCAGCGGCAGGCAGCCGGGCGCUGGAGCUGGCUGAAGCCCGGCGGCGGCUGCUAGAGGUGGAAGGCAGGCGGCGGGUGGUGUCGGAGCUGGAGAGCCGGGUGCAGCAUCUCCAUCGCGUCUUCCUGGCGGCCGAGCUGCGUUUGGCGCACCGCGCCGAAAGCCUGAGCCGCCUGGGCGGCAGCGUCUCCCAGGCCGAGCUCUACCUGGCUGCCCACGGGCAGCGGGCCAAGAAGGGGCUGCGGCGCGGCAAGCGGCCCCGCCCGCCUGCCCUGCUCGCCUCGGCCCUGGGCCUGGGCGGCUGCGUGCCCUGGGCCGCCGGCCGCCUGCGGAGGGCCGGGGCCGGGCCAGCCGCCGCCUCCCCGGAGCCCGACUCCCCCUUCCGCCGGAGCCCCCCCCGAGGCCCGGCUUCCCCCCAGCACUGAGGCCGCGGAGGAGGAGGAGGGAGCCGCUGCCUCGGACGGACGCCAGCUGGAGCCAAUGGAUGGACGCAGCGGCCGGGCGGAAACUGCGGGGACCGCGGGCGCCCUGAGCGGGACAAGCACAGCUGAGCGAGCUUCUCUGGGUGGGGCAUCUGGCGGGCCCCUCUCCCCCGAUUCCUUCCCCUCUCAGCGGGAGGCAACUCUCAGAACCACAAUAAAGCUGUGGGCCCUGGGCCUUUCCCCCCCCCCCCACCUCCCCCAGGCUUCCUCUCCCGGACUGGACUUCGGAAGAAUGGGGUUGGUGAGCGAUGGGGCCCCAUUUUUCGGAGGGGCAAAAUGAGGUGGGUGUGGUCUCAGAGUUGCAGAAAUGUAAGUUUUGGGCAGCCCGGCUUGGUAUUUGGGAGUCCCGGUUUCAGUACCUUGUCCUCCUAUUUGUGUCCCACCCCCAGGAGAUAUUCAGGGCAGCCUUUAUACUCUUAAAUCUACCCUGUGUCCAAAUGCGCUUCCCCAGAGUCCCAAGAAGCUGGAAAAUGGAUCUAGAUUUCUGGCACCACUCAGAUCCUCAGGAGGGCAAAAGAGCCCUCGAAGGGCGACACUGUCAAGGGUUAGGCUUUGGUUAGGGGAAAGACAGGGCUUCCAAGGAGCCGGUAGAAGAUCAGAGCCCAUCCAGCCCGUUCGGGGUUUAGCUCUGCCCAUUGCUAGAUGAGUGACCUUGAGCGAGUCACUGCCCUGGUCUGAGAUUUCCACUACCUACCUCAUGGGCACAUUAAUGAAGAAAGCACUUGGCAAACAUAAAGAUGCUGCAGAAAAGUGAGAUGUUUAUGUAGAGGGAAGAAACAGGCCCGGAGUUGGGGGAAAGGCUUUUCCAAGGUCAUUCCAACCACUUCAUGGUAGAAUCGGACUAAAACCCAGUUGUCCUGAUGUCCUAGUUAAGUGCUCCCCUCUCCCCACUUCUGCUUUCUCCUGUUGUUACUGACUUCUGAUCCUCCUUCCCAAGUGCCCCAGACCUGGGCAGGCCCUGGGGUGCUGUUUGAAAGCUGCCUGGGGCUGCAACUGUGCGGCUGCUUGCACCUGAGCCAGUCCUGGGGCCUUUGUCAAUUCUCUUGGGCCCCCUUGCUCUGAGCUCUGCUGCCAGGUGACUUCCAGCGGAGGAUGAGCACAGCACAAAGCUGGCAUCCUGUGGCUGGAGAAGCUGAGCCAGGGCCUACUGGGGUUAUUGACUCAGAGGCAGACCUGAAAGCUCCCUGCAUUCACUGUCCUAGGUGGAGGCCUUGAACCUUCCUGGCCUGCCUCUCCUCCGUCUAUCAUCUUCGGCAUACUGAGCCGAUAUGGGGAUUGGAGGCAAAGAGGUGAGCCCCUUGGGGGGGAGGGGAAGAGACUGAAUACCUUGGGCAAGGCACUUUCUAGGCCUAUGCCUUGUCCCUUCCACCUGGGGGGCUGGGAGGGUGUGCAAUAGCACACAGGAUGAAGGCAAGCUAAAGGCGUGAGCUUUUUCCAUCCGAAGACCUGGGCUCAAAUCUUGGCUCUCUGUUUGGUGCUAGCUGCUCGACCUCUCCAAGUGGUUCAGACUCUCUGAGCCUCUGUUUCCUCACCUGCUAAAUGCUUCCAAUUCUAACCUGCCAUGUUCUGAAGUCCUUUCCUGCUCUGAAAUAAUUCUAUAAAAUUACUUCUGCUGUCUGAGUUUCAAUGUUCUGCAAAACGAAGGGGUUGGAUUGGAUAAUCUGCGAGCACCUUGCCACAUCUGACCUUGUGAUUUUCUAAUCCCGCUGUAGGGAAGAUGAGUGGGAAAGAGUGAUCAUCAUCUUCCCCAGAGGUUUUCCCUUAAUGGUAUAAAGUGGUUUGUCCAGCAUCCGAUCCUCCCUUUCUCCAGGAUUUGUUUGUUAAUCAGCUUUGGCCAGAUUAGAAGGAGAAUUUUGUGCCCCAGGAUUACUGGGACAGAGCUCAUCUGAGAAAAAUCAGGGUGUGCAUUUAUAUCUAUGCAAUGGACAUUGAGCAGCUGUCUCCACCCCCUGCUUUGUCAUCAGGCUUCAAGUUAACUCUGGCACACUCUUCAUUUGUAGCUCCUUCCUUUCCUUUCUCACCUUGAAAGGUUAUGUAAUGAUGCACGUUUCUGGGAUCUACAAAAUGCCUUCCAUAGAACAACCCUAUGUGAGAGAUGUCAUAGGGUCGUCAGAUCUAUAGAACUGGAAGGGACCUUGAAGUCACCCAGUCCAACAUCCUCUUUUUACAAAUGGAGAAACUGAGGCCGAGUGAGAUCAAAUGAUUUGUCCAAGGUCACAUAAAUUGUGAUGGGAUCUACUCAGGUAGGAGGACAGUGAUGAGAGGUUUUUAGAGGCAUGAACAUAAAGAGUUGGUGGUCAAAUUUGAAUGCAUUAUUUCCAGACUCUAAAUAUAGUUGUCCAUCAGCAAUACUGGGGCUUUGUGAAGUGUUCAGGACAAGUGUUCAGGCAUCCCUGUUUUAUAGAUGAGGAAACUGAUGUGCUUGGUGCUAGCAAAUGGAAUCUAGCUCUUCUGGUUUGAAGCCCACUUUGUCUCCCUGCCUUGUUAUUAUUUCUCUAGUUUCCAGAGACCAACUCUCCUACCACUAGCUCACUCUUUUCUCCCCUAAACCUCAUCCCAAGUUCAGGAGACCUAUCCGCUCCGAUUCUGAGCCCUUCCAAAGCCUACUUCCUUCUGCAACAUACUUCUCUGAGCUUUUACCCCAAUCACCUGGAGGCCCAGGGAGUUGACUUGGUGGGCCCCUCUCAAACUGACACUAGGUGGCAUAAGUCUGCUUCUUAUGGGUACAAGAUUUUAAACAUGAAGAUUUUUGAUUGCCUUAGACUAUGGAAUGAAAGAGCAGCUGGAAAGGAGACUUUAGGCCUCAUCUAAUCAGUCCUUCCUCAUUUUAGAGAUGAGAAAACUGAGACCCAGACUCCAGGACUAACUUUCCUGAGGUUAGUUUUUGAGCCCUAGCACCGACUCCGUGGUGGGCUAAGUCACUUUUGGACCUAAGUGAUUCAGGCUCUCAGGAGGCACAUGAUGUCCCACAGGGGUCUGUCUUAGGGGCCUCCCCAAGCAAAUAGAGCAGCUUGCAGCUGUCCCUUCUGUUGGUCCUAGCUCCUGUGUUCACCUUCCCAAGGGAGUCUGCUCCAGUCCCCCCUUCUGCAUCCCAAGCUUAGAUCCCUUGGUAUGAUGCUAAGGACAAGCAGCAGCCUUGGCCCUGGCAAAGCCCCAUUUGGGGGGCACAGCUUCUGCUGACCCCACUGCAAUGAUCCAUAUGAGCUCCCCAGGCUGAGACAGUGACCUGGCUUGAUAAAGCCCUGGCCUCCACUGCACACUCUAGCAGUGACCCCUUCUCUGAAUAGAGGGCAUUUCUCCCUAAGCAAGUUUUUAGCCAGAUUCUUAUGGGGUGGUGAAACUGGUUUCAAAACAAUGGGAGGUAUCAGAGACUUGUUUAGAGUUACUUGUGGCCCUUGUGUAUUAAACAAACAUGUGAAACACCCAUUGUGUGCAGAGCUCUGGGCUUGAUACCAGGGGAAAUAAAAGGUCUGGUUAAGA